CAUGCUCAAAACCCAAGCAAGGACUUAGGAAGACCUUUGCUCUACUAGGAUCCUAUUCACAUGGCCGCUAUCAGAGACUAGACAUGAAAGAGUUAACAAAGGGGCUUCUUUUCAUGGGAAGGCGAGAGGAGCAAAAAGAGAAGUGUCCUACAUUCCCAAAAAUGUGCCCUGCCAAAAGCAGUCGUUUAUAUCAUGGGUCGUUGCCGCAGUUCCCACACAUUUUGCUCCUAAUUAACGUCCUGCUGGACAGCUGAGCUGUUUCAAACAGGAAGCUGUUUAUAGAUAACGCUUGCAAACAGUUGGGCCUGAUUUGCUGAAUGUCGAAGAGCAGGAGUUGAGCCCGCUUCAAAUUAAAACCUAUCGGACUUUUGUAAAUAGUAGCAAUGAGGUCCAUCUGUGGUGCCGUGCCCUUUCAGUCAGCAGCCCAGCUACAACGCCUCUUCUCUCAGCAAAUCUAAGGAGUAAGGGACAAGCUCAUUAUGAAGAGUGAUCUGGUUUUCUUUGUCUCUGUAAUUAGCCUUGCAUUCCUGUCUCUGCCAAGAUCUGGAUAUGCUCAGCAUAUUGCAGAGGAAUCCUGCUCUGUUCAGAUUCUGGUUCCAGGCCUCAAAGGGGAAAAUGGAGAAAAGGGGGAAAAAGGUGCUCCAGGCCGCCCUGGACGAGUUGGACCUCCAGGGGAAAAAGGAGAAGUGGGAGACAAAGGGGAGAGAGGUAGCAUGGGGCGACAUGGAAAAGUUGGUCCCAUAGGCUCAAAAGGACAAAAAGGAGAUAAUGGAGAUAUAGGUCCACCUGGUCCUAAUGGAGAUCCAGGUAUUCCUUGUGAAUGUGGCCAACUACGAACAGCCAUUGGUAAAAUGGAUAAUCAAGUGACCCUGCUGACAACAGAGCUGAAGUUCAUUAAAAAAGCACUGCCCUCCUCCGCAGCUGUUGCUGGUGUGCGCGAGACAGAUAAUAAGACAUACCUGCUGGUGAAAGAACAGAAGCGAUAUGUGGACGCCCAGCUGUACUGCCAAGGAAGAGGAGGGAUCCUGAGCAUGCCCAAGGAUGAAGCCACCAACAAUCUCAUUGCUUCCUACAUCAAUCAAGCUGGCCUCAGUCGAGUUUUCAUUGGCAUUAAUGACCUUGAGAAGGAAGGCAGCUUUGUCUACUCUGACCGAUCCCCUAUGCAGACCUUCAACAAGUGGAGCACUGGUGAACCAAAUAAUGCUUAUGAUGAGGAGGACUGUGUAGAAAUGAUCACCUCUGGGGGAUGGAAUGAUGUGGCUUGUCACAUUACAAUGAAUUUUGUAUGCGAAUUUGACAAAGAAAAUGUUUAAUAAAGUUUCCCCCUGCUA